CUCCCGCCAACCCCGCCCACCCACCGCCAGGGGGCGCCGCAGGCUGCUCGGUGCGGAGCUCACGGCCUGGGAGCGCGGGCGGGCGGGCGCGGGCUAGUGGCGGCGGCCGGCCCGGCGGCGGCCAUGGACCGCUUCGUGUGGACCAGCGGCCUCUUGGAAAUUAACGAGACUCUAGUGAUCCAGCAGCGCGGGGUGCGCAUCUACGACGGCGAGGAGAAGAUCAAAUUCGAUGCUGGGACGCUCCUUCUUAGUACACAUCGUCUGAUUUGGAGAGAUCAUAAAAAUCAUGAGUGCUGCAUGGCCAUUCCUCUUUCCCAAAUUGUGUUCAUUGAAGAGCAGGCAGCUGGAAUCGGGAAGAGUGCCAAAAUAGUGGUUCAUCUUCACACAGCUCCUCCUAACAAAGAACCUGGCCCAUUCCAGAGUAGUAAGAACUCCUACAUCAAACUUUCUUUCAGAGAACAUGGUCAGAUUGAGUUUUACCGGCGUUUAUCAGAGGAGAUGACCCAGAGGAGAUGGGAGAAUGUGCCAGUUUCCCAGUCAUUACAAACACGUAGAGGACCCCAGCCAGGAAGAAUAAGAGCUGUAGGAAUUAUAGGUAUUGAAAGGAAACUGGAAGAAAAAAGAAAAGAAACAGACAAAAACAUUUCUGAGGCUUUUGAAGACCUCAGCAAGCUAAUGAUCAAGGCUAAGGAAAUGGUGGAAUUAUCAAAAUCAAUUGCUAAUAAAAUUAAAGAAAAACAAGGUGACAUCACAGAAGAUGAGACCAUUAGGUUUAAAUCCUACUUGCUGAGCAUGGGAAUAGCUAACCCAGUGACCAGGGAAACCUACGGCUCAGGCACACAGUACCACAUGCAGCUGGCCAAACAGCUGGCUGGGAUAUUGCAGGCACCUUUGGAGGAACGAGGGGGAAUCAUGUCACUGACGGAGGUGUACUGUUUAGUAAACCGUGCUCGAGGAAUGGAAUUGCUCUCACCAGAAGAUUUAGUGAAUGCGUGCAAAAUGUUGGAAGCACUGAAAUUACCUCUCAGGCUCCGAGUUUUUGACAGCGGCGUCAUGGUAAUUGAGCUGCAGUCCCACAAGGAAGAGGAAAUGGUGGCCUCGGCCCUGGAGACAGUUUCAGAAAAGGGAUCUCUAACGUCAGAAGAGUUUGCUAAGCUUGUGGGAAUGUCUGUCCUCCUGGCCAAAGAAAGGUUGCUGCUUGCAGAGAAGAUGGGCCAUCUUUGCCGAGAUGACUCAGUGGAAGGCUUGCGUUUUUACCCAAAUUUAUUUAUGACACAGAGCUGAGGGUUUCGCAUUUGAAAUCCUUUUUGUCCAUGUGCUUGCGUUCAUGUAGAGGUUGUAUGACAUUGAACUAAGAGACAAACCCUGAUCACCUGAGAAUUCAUUGGAACUUCACAGUAGAAUGUAAAAAACUCUUCAUUUCUGCUUAAGUAGUAUGAUCCAGGAAGAUUAUUUAGGAUACACAUAGGAAAAUAAGAAAAAUGAAUGCCAGUAUGAAUUUAAAAUCAUGUUAUAGUUGUAUAGAACCCUCAGAGUUUAACUUGAAAUAGGAAUUUUAAUUUGAUCUUCAAAUCUCACCAUUCUAUAAACAAAGGAAUUUAGUUUUGCAGAGAAGGAAAAGAAAGGUGGCCUGUUGGGACAGGUUGGCUUAUUAUUUUGGUGUGACUAAAAUUCACUCGAUUAUAAUUGAAGUUUUUCUCCACCCCUGCCAUGCCCAUUUUGGUUUUUUUUUUUAAUGAAGGAAGUUAUAUCCUCUAGGGGGCUGAAGAACAGCGCAACAUCACACAGAGUCUGGACUGCAGCAGGUCACACGAGGCUCCUGUUAGAGCUUUAGAAACAGUCACAGGCGUGUCUUCAGCAGACUAAGUAAAACACCUUUGUGAAAGGAGAGAAUUUGAUUUGACUUAAUAUAUACUCCAACUAGUUUCUUUUCAUUUUUUUAAAUGAUGAUUUCAUGGCAUUUAAAGAAUGCAGCUAUGUCAUUUUGUGAAAAAAAAUGUUGUGGAUUUUGAAACUGAACUAGGAAGCUGUAUAGACAUGCCCAGAGUCAUGAUUACAAAAUUUGGAAGGUGAACAGCUCAAGAAUUCCCUAGGACCAUUGUGCAGGUGGAAGGGCAGAGUGAACCUUCCGUAGCUUUAUAGGAAGCUUCGUGUUCUUUUACCUCACAAGCCACAGACAGGAAAUAGAAAGUGGAAAAGUAAUAGCUUUUUUUCCUUCAAGAAGUUUCAACAACAAACUUUUAAAAAUCUAUUAUAUUCCAGUAAUAUUUUUUUCUUUGCUCCAUACAUUAUAAAUUAUGUGGAAUAUUCUAGUAAAAAUUCCUGAGGCCCUGAGAGAACAGAAGCUGGCUGAUGCCGCUUGGAGAUGGCAUGAGUUUUACAGAGGACUGCCUGACUUCCUAUCGCUGUGCUGCCUGCAGUAUGCCGGCGCUAUCUCAAACUCAGGGACCCCACAGGACAGGAGACCCCCUUUGUGAGACAGAGUGGGAAGUGGAAGGGUAAUGAUGGUUUCGCCCACACCUCCAGAAGGCAUAGGGAGAACCCCUGGGACCAGGAGAAGGCCUGCUCAGGGUCACAUUCUGGGACCCCUAAGUUUUCCAAACCUGUCACUGACUCUUCAUUGUAGUGACAGAUCCCCAAUAUCCCCCAGUGCACACAUACACAGGACAUACCUCACCUGGCUAAGACUUUUAGCACAGUAAUUGCCACGUGGGUUGUAUUUAGCUUACACGAGUUUGGAGCCCAGGGCCUCAGGAAGCAUAUGUAACUCACAGGUCUUUGACCUAAUACAACACUGGCCACAAGGGAAAACAAUUUUUUUUCUAGUGUGGCAGUCAAUGUGUUAAAACUUACAAGGAUAAAUAAUAAUCUGUUUCGCCAGAUCAACUGAGUUGCAAAUAUUGGAACUACUAGAUCUAAUGGUUUGGAUUCACAUACUUAUUUACUCACGUGUGACAACUCAUUAACAAAAGUGUAGCAAUCUGAAUUAUAUAAGGUGAACUACAGAGGAAGAAAAGUAACAUGCAUAUAUUUUACAAAUGUCAUUAAUUAAAAAACAAGUAUGAUUGAUUUUAUUAUUUGUAAAGUGGGCAUUCUUCACUAUUUUCAGACCUUUGUAUGUGUGUGUGUAUAUAUACACACAUAUAUAUAAUUUUUUUUUUGACAAAUAAUGUGUCCUUUUCCCUCUAAUGUAGGAAUUAUUUUUAGAUACAAUGAAUUGGGCCCUAAGUGCAAAAAAGUUCUGUCUCGGUGCUCACUGGAAUGAUUAUUCCUUUUGCUUUCCUAACUUUGCUCCUUAGGAGCAUGAAUUUUAUAGCUUUAUGGCAAUGGGAUAUUUUUAGUCAUUUACUGUCAAGAAUAAAUUUUUUACUUUGUAUAAGUAAAGGUUGUUUUCAGGGUUACAUGAUUGGUGUUAAUGUAUAUAGAGUAAAAUUAUUGCAAAAUUUUAAAAUGAUUUUUCUUAACUUGGUGUUCUUUUUAAGUACUCUUUGAAAAAUACAUGAAAGUGAUAGGGCUUUGGUCAUACUGGUUUGUUAAAACCAGUAUGUUAAAAGUUCUUUUAGAUUUCAUAAUCGAGAGAGUUGCUUGACAUCAAGCUCUUAGUAUUUUAGUUGUCUUAAAAGGAUGGGAAAUGAGUCAUGAAUUGUUUUGGUUAUUUUAAAAUUCUUGAUAUGAAUUCCACUGUUGAUCAACCAUGUGUAUUCAUAUAAAUGUACUUUCUCUUAUUCCCUGUUAUCAGAGAACAUGGAUUUAUCGUGUCAUUAUUCUCAUGCUCAAGUACUUGAAAUGGUUGGCUCUUGUCCAACAGUGUAAGAGUCUUCAUUGUGGGACAGUGGAGUCACAACUCCUAAGGUGGUUAGGUUUUAAAGACAGUGCCUGAGGACAAACUCGAGCACAUUCAAAAUGAUCCUUGAAAAUCUAAAUUACUAAUACAAGUUUCUUUAUAGUCUUAAAAGUUUGAAUCCUUGGGGAAUGUACAUAGGUAUGAAUAUAUUAUGCAUAUCAGAAAUACAGCGUAUAAUAAAAACUGCGUAUCAACAAUUCA